AUGACCACAGCCCAUAGACCUACCUGGUUCAACGCCAUAGGGAAGACCAAAAUUGGUACUGUGGUUAGUAGGAAGAUAUCUAGUAGGGAUUUACCAGGAUAUAAGAAUUUGAAGACCCGUGAUGGAGUGAAUUUAAGUGUUGACAAGGGUAUACAUCGUGACGAUGAAACUAUCGCAUCUAUUGAAUAUAAUAAGUUGGAGUUUCAACACAAAUUGGAACUAAAGGAGAAGGAAGAAGAGCAAUUAGCACAACUCAAUAAUGAAGUGCCUAUUGAUAACAAUUUUAUACCUAUAGAAAACUUACAGGAACUCCUUAAUCAGGACUUAAAUGCCUACCCUGAAGAUUCAGACGAUUGUCCUGAAUUUACAAAUUACAGUGAUGAUGAUAAGGAGGAUUCAGAUGAGGAACAGGAACUGUUAAAGGAAUUGUCGAAGAUUAAACAGGAAAAGGAGGAAAGCCAGAGGAAGCGAGAGGAGCUUAGUAAUGCUGAUGCCAAAAGACAAAAAAUAUUGUCUGCCAAUCCCAUUUUAAGUGGAGUUUUAAAGUCAUGGGAUCAAGAUGUAGUUUUUAAAAAUCAUGAAAAGGAGGAAAAAUCUGUUAGAAACAAAGAUUACAUUAAUGACACUGUUAGGAGUGAAUUCCAUAAGAAGUUUUUGGAAAAGUAUAUCGUUUAG